GUCGUGCGCACGCGCGGAGUGGCGCGCUAGGGCGGAAGUGGGAGCUGCGGCAGGGAGGUGGGGCCGCCGCGCUCGCUGCUAGGUGGGCCAGCGGCCGACAUGGCGCCCUCCGGGAGUCUCGUGGCUUUCCUGGCAGGCCUGCUGCUGUUGCUUUUGGGGGCUCCGUGGACCCACGGGCGGCGGAGCAGCGUGCGCGUCAUUACGGACCAGAACUGGAGGGACUUGCUGCAAGGAGACUGGAUGAUAGAGUUUUAUGCCCCGUGGUGCCCUGCUUGUCAGAAUCUUCAACCAGAAUGGGAAAGUUUUGCUGAAUGGGGAGAAGAUCUUGAGGUUAAUGUUGCAAAAGUAGAUGUCACAGAGCAGCCAGGACUGAGUGGACGGUUUAUUAUAACUGCACUUCCUACUAUUUACCAUUGUAAAGAUGGUGAAUUUAGGCGCUAUCAGGGUCCGAGGACUAAGAAAGACUUCAUCAACUUUGUCACUGAUGAAGAAUGGAAGAGCAUUGACCCUGUCUCGUCCUGGCUUGGUCCAGGUUCUGUUCUGAUGAGUAGUACGUCGGCACUCUUUCAGCUAUCCAUGUGGAUCAGGACUUGCCAUAACUAUUUUAUUGAGGACCUUGGAUUACCAGUUUGGGGAUCAUAUGCAGUUUUUGCUUUAAUAACUCUGCUUUCAGGACUAUUCUUAGGACUUUGUAUGAUAUUUGUGGCAGAUUGCCUUUGUCCUUCAAAAAGGCGCAGACCACAGCCAUACCCUUCAAAAAAAAUAUUACCAGAAUCUUCUCAACCUUUGAAGAAAGUGGAGGAGGAGCAAGAGGCCGAUGAAGAAGAUGUUUCAGAAGAGGAAGCUGAAAGCAAGGAAGGCGCCAACAAAGACUUUUCACAAAAUGCCGUCAGGCAGCGCUCUGUGGGCCCGGCUCCAGCCACAGAUACAUCCUAGCUCAUUUUUACAGAAGUCUUAAUAUUAUGAUUUUGACAGCAACAAGAUUGAUCAUUGCUUUUGUUUUGAAGUGAAUCGACUUCCUUGUAUAUUGCCGGAUUCUGUCUAAAUUGUCAUUAGAUUGAAUAGAUGCAGAAAAUAAAAGCACUAGGUAUAAUUUGAAAUAUGUCCUAAGAACCUUUGGUUUAAGCAGUUCUUUGAUUUUUGAAAAAUCUGGUGCCAAGCAAUAAGAUUUGUGUAUCUUUGUUUAAUAAUAACCUAUUCCAAAUCUGAGUUUUGAAAAUGUACAUGUCCUAAGUAUUGCUUUAUUGGGGUGUUUAAGAAGAUUACUUUAGAGAAAAAGAUUUCUCAUUUGGUAUAAGUUUUCUUGGUUUCACUGUGUGAAAAAAGAACAUAUUUCCCAUAAAUGGGAACUUUGCCCAUUGUCUCAAGAAAUAUGUAUUUCAGUGACAACUCCUUUGUUUUUUUAGAUAUAUGGUUCAAAAAUCUCAUUUUUAGAUUAUGCAACUAAAAAAUACUUUAAUUACAGUUUUCUAUACACGUUAAUAAAGGAUCUGCUAUUGAUUUUGAAAGUUUUUAUAAGUCUGGUAUUCUGGAUUCUUAUGAAGGCUUGUCUUUUUUUGUUCAGUAUAUGGUUUAUAUUUUUCUUAAAUGCCAUGGGUUACAUUUUUUAUUUUUCAAAAUGGAUGAUAAUUUCCCAGAAAUGUUUUUCAUGUUUUGGUAACAGUACUUUUUGUUGUUUUAACUAGAGUUUACAGAGAGAUCCAUCAAAUUGAGGUGUCUUUUGAUAAUCAGAAGUGAUGAAGUGGCUGUUCACUUCAAGGUUCACAUUAUUCUUCUGAAUUUCUACUUGAACUUUUUUUUGGAUAUGAAGGUGAACAUUCCUGAUUUUUAUUUGAUGUGGAAAAACCUUGUUAUUUUACAUUUUGAAAAAUUCACAGCAACUUAACUUGAUAUAAAGUUUGCAUUCUACUCAGGAAAAAGCAUCUUCUUUUCUUAAGUUUGAAAUGUAUCUUUCUUUGUCCUCAUAUGGAAAGCUCUUAGUUGAUUUUGUCUUUGCUUAGUAUUUAAAAAUCAUAACAUUUUAAUCUUUUGAAAAGACAGACUUCAUAUUUCUAUGUUGACUGCUAACAUUGUGAGUCUUUCAUAAUGGAAAUCAGCAGGAUGGAACACUUAGUCAUUUUCACUCCUUAGGCAGCGGUUCUCAACCUGGGGGUCCUGACCCACAGGAGCUGUAUUAAAGGGCCACGGCAUUAGGAAGGUUGAGAACCCCUGCCUUAAGGAGUUACAACAUAAAGUUUUCCCCUUACAUCAAGGGUAGGACUGUAUUAUUCACAAGAAGGGGAAAAGUCGUAAAUGCUCACAUUGAUCCACUGACAGUUUUGUAAUAGAAGAUUUCUAUAAUGUCCUCUUUUUUUUUAGGCUCUGUUGCUGUGUAAAUCCAUUCUUACGGUAUACUGUACAGCAGUUUUCUUUCAAGGUC